GGCCUGGCGGCCCCCGGCCCGCUCGGCGCCCACAGAAUGCAGCCAUCUGGCGGCUGGCGCGCCCCGGACUUGCCCCGAAGGUUAACAUUGGGCAAGGAUCCACACCUUUUGCCGGGUGGUUGAGACCACCACUGACAGACAGUUCUGACGCUGUUUCAUGACAAUGGAUGGCGACAGUUCGACCACAGAUGCCUCUCAGCUAGGGAUUUCGGCGGACUACAUCGGAGGAAGUCACUAUGUCAUCCAGCCGCACGAUGAUACUGAGGACAGCAUGAAUGAUCAUGAAGAUACAAAUGGUUCAAAAGAAAGUUUCAGAGAACAAGAUAUUUAUCUUCCAAUUGCAAAUGUGGCUAGGAUAAUGAAAAAUGCCAUACCUCAAACAGGAAAGAUUGCAAAAGAUGCCAAAGAAUGUGUUCAGGAAUGUGUGAGUGAGUUCAUAAGCUUCAUAACAUCUGAGGCAAGCGAACGCUGUCAUCAGGAGAAGCGGAAGACGAUUAAUGGGGAGGAUAUUCUCUUCGCCAUGUCCACUCUAGGCUUCGACAGCUACGUGGAACCUCUGAAACUGUACCUUCAGAAGUUCAGAGAGGCCAUGAAAGGAGAGAAGGGCAUUGGUGGAGCGGUCUCGGCUACAGAUGGGCUAAGCGAGGAGCUCACAGAAGAGGCGUUUACUAACCAGUUACCAGCUGGCUUAAUAACCGCAGAUGGUCAACAACAAAACGUUAUGGUUUACACAACGUCCUAUCAACAGAUUUCUGGUGUCCAGCAAAUUCAGUUUUCGUGAUCUGAAGAAGUGAUGGAAGCGGGCUGUACAGAUAGUCCGACCAAGUCUGGAACAGAGGCCGAGUCGGGAGGAAGUGGGAAGGCGCCUCUUUGUACAAUACGUAGCUGUAAUGUAGCUUCCUGAUGCUUGACUAAUUGAGGUGUUAAUUCUGACUUGAGAAUCUUUUUCAUGAAUGAUUUUAAAGAAAAAAUUGGAUUUUAAAGGUAUUAAAAUAUUUUUGUUUUGUACGAGAGUUUGUUGCUCUGUAUGACGCCUGUAUGCAUUGUAUAUUGCAAUUUAUUACUGUCAGAGAUUUGUAGACAGUUUCUUAUUUUCAUAUUGAAUCAUGUUAUUUUGUAAUUCAAGUAAGCAGCUGGGUUAAUUCAUGAUGUUUGCCCUUUUAAUAAAGUAUAAGGGUAGAGUUCAUUUUGAAUGAAAGUUGCCUUUAUUAUAAAUUUGAGUUUGUCCUGGCUAUAUACUAUCUUGCAUGAUAACCUAGCUAGAUUUUUAGAAUUUACUUUAUUUAUUGAAAUUAAUUUUUUUGGUAAAAGUCAUAGCUUAAGCAGUGUCUUUUUAAAUGUAAUUGAAUAAUUAAGUUGGAUGCAGAAGCAAGUAUUGUCUGACCUAUAAACUUGGUGCCCAUCACUGUCCGCACCUCUUCAGGUAGCUCUAGUUACUAUCAUGUGUGUUAGAAUUCAUUCUCACUUGAUGUAGUCCCAGCACCCCUGAAGUGGUCCCUUUCUUAAGUAUUACAGUGUCCUCGUCAAGAGGGAUGCUUUUAGUCCAUUGGUAAUGUCCUAUUACCCUUUUCACGGAAAGGUCAGCUUUCCUGUUGAGCUGUGAGCACCAGAACAGGGGGUGUGAUCGUGUGCAGACGUUUCACGUGGAUGAGUGAACACACAGGAGAGCAGUGAGGGCUGCGGAUCAUGGGACACCAUGGGACACGGGAGCCUUGUGGCGCUGUCAUGCUGUCUGCAGUAAACUAACGUUAGAUGAUGUGGCUUUGUACAGCUUAGCAGUGUGUGCUUAGGUUCCUUUUUAAAGUAAAGAUUUCUAUUUUCUCAUCUAUUCUUUUUAGUAAUAAUUACUUUGAGUUUUUGUGUACGUAGAGGUGGUAGUUUUAGCUCUAUCAAAAAUAGCGUAUUGUACACUGUGUCCAGAAGGAAAUGUAUGGGACUCCAAUGGAUGAAGGAGAAAAUUUUCUAGAUACAAACUGAAUGAUAAGAGCCACUUUGCCAGGAGUCUUGGGGAACAUAGCUGGCUAUUCAGAGAUGAACUAACUCCUCCUCUCCUCUCCCCCUUUUCAAUAAUAACCUUCAUUGUAGACAAUGCACAUAGGAAAGAAAGGCAGAGGAUGGUGAAGCAAAAUCGACAGCCACUCUACUGUGUUGAAAUAACCAAUGUUAAUAUUUUGAUAAAUUCAUUUGUCCUUUUACUUUGCUAAAUAUGUAUAUUUUUAUAAAAUGGGCUCAUGUUGUGCACACUGUUUUGUAACUGGCUUUUUCACUUAACAAUAUAUUGUGAACAUCUUCCCCAGGUUGUGCAUGGUCUUCUGCAUCAUUUUUACUGGGUCUUUAUUCUGUUGUAUGAUUGAAUCAUGAUUAAUUUAUUUAAUCACUAUUGGAAAUUUUAACUCUUUUCAUCUCUCCAUAGUUAUAAAUAGCACUUCACUGAAUCUUGUGUAUAUCGUAACUUUUCUUGAAAUAAAUCCUUAGAAGUAGAACUGCUGGGUUACCAGAUACACACAGCAGGAAGGUUUUGCUCCUUG